GUUAGGUUAUUUGGUGGGUUAUUAAAUUGUCUUGUUUUUGAUUGCUAUGUCGUAUUUUGUUUCGGAUUAACCGAAUUUGAAUAAAAACACUUCAGUCAUUCUCCUUGACUGUUUAAGUGAACUACUCUCGUGCAUUGAAUUUAUGUAUAUAUAAGACUAUCUUGAGAUGCAUCCGUGUAUAGUGUAUAUAGUUACAAUAUAGUUAUCUUUUCUGGUAAUUAAUCACUUCGGAUGUGAAUGUUGCCGAAUCUAGCUGUGGUGGUAUUCAAAGUUGCGCUGGCUGGGGAAACAGAUCCAAUCAUUUACCACAAACAAUUGACCAUAUUUUUAUGAAGGCCUAAACUAUUGUUAGCAAUAAAUUUAGGUUUUCAGCUGAAGUACGUUUUUGAUGUAACCUUAGUGAAAAUAUCCCGUUAAAGUAACUUGUUCCAAAGCUGGACUACUAUUGUUAAAGGUACCUUUAACAAGACGUCUUGCGACUUCUACAUUCAACAUGGAUCUUUGUAACAAUCCAACUUUGAGGUAGCUGUCACACCAACACUAGGUGAAACAAGCUAGAUUAAAUUCUCUCAAGCAGUGUUUUCCAGGUGUAUGAAUUGGCCUGUUAGUUGCCCAUUGAUUAGCAGUUGAUUAGUGUGAACACAACUCCAAACUUUGUAGAAGAGUACUUCAACUUCUCAUCCGGUUAGUCGCAGCGUACGGUUUUUAAGAGUUAUUUGGCAGCUUUUUUUCACAACGUCAUUGAUCAUUCACAAUCAAUUGUCGAAAUUGAUGUGUUUUUCAUUUGAGGGGUCUUCACCAGUCACCAUAAGUGACUUGUAGCACUACAGUUUUGUACCCAUAUUAAUUUACACGAUGCGGUUAGUGUGUUCUUUUUAUCAUUAACAAGCAGUCAUUAAACUAUCAGUGGUAUUUUCCGUUGAUUUUUGUUUAGAUUAAAACAUGACAUCCUGCCCCUUCUUACGCAAGUUAUCUCCUACUGUGAUUCAGAGGGAUGUUCAACAGUUGGUAAAGUUGAUACCGAAAUGUCCGUUCGCAAGCCGUUUGUUUGCUGGAACUCCACUCUGCAGUACAAGGAUGUGUUCGACUGUUGCCUCAGAGCCUCAUUCAGAACAGUCCUUGGUUUGCAAGAAUGUUUCAGAAUGUCUUUUGAAAAAAUGUCCGUACACUCUCAAUUCAAGUGAACUAGCUAGCUCAGAGUCUCACUCGUGUUCUCAAACCACUAACAGUUACAACUGUGAAAGGUCUCAUGACCAUUCAGGUGGUUUUUCAAAUGAAAUGUCUAUUCCCAAUACAUGUGCUUUGUUUGCUGGCUGGCGUAAAAGUAUGGUUGACAAGGGAUGUUUACAGCCAACAGUACAGUCAAGAAAUAUUGCUAGUGAAGAUUUAAAAUUAUUUGAAUCGAAUGAUGAUAAUGAUUCAGGUUUCGAGUAUAAUGAAUUUUUUGCCUCUGAAGUGGAAAAGAAAAAGAAAGAUUCUACCUAUCGAGUAUUCAGGAGAAUUUUAAGAGACGCGGCGGAAUUCCCGUUUGCAGAUGAUUAUUCAACUGGUGUAAAACGUCGUGUAGCUGUAUGGUGUUCCAAUGAUUAUCUAGGCAUGAGUUGGCAUCCAAAAGUUCAAGAAGUGGCGAUUUCCACCAUACGGAAGCAUGGUGUUGGUUCUGGUGGUACACGUAAUAUAUCUGGCAAUUCAAUGUUACACGAAGAACUAGAAGCUGAAUUAGCAGAUUUGCAUGGAAAACCUGCAGCUUUAGUUUUUACAAGUUGUUAUGUAGCUAACGAAGCUGCAUUGCAUACUCUAGGGACUCGUAUACCAGGUUUAACAAUAUUCUCUGAUGCUGGGAAUCAUGCAUCAAUGAUUCAUGGAAUUCGAACUAGUCGUUGUCCAAAAGUUAUCUAUAGGCAUAAUGAUAUCAAACAUCUGUCUUCUCUACUGUCAACUGUUCCUAGGAGUUCAGCGAAAUUAGUUGCGUUUGAAACAGUGCAUUCAAUGUCAGGUGAUGUUUGCCCAUUGAAAGGCCUAUUGGAUGUUGUUGAGGCCAAUAAAGCACUCUCAUUUGUUGAUGAAGUUCAUGCUGUCGGUUUGUAUGGUACACAUGGAGCUGGAGUUGCUGAACGUGAUGGACAAAUGCACAGGAUAGAUGCAAUUACGGGUACACUUGGAAAGUUAGUCUAUCUGUUAUACAAAGUGGCACUAUCGUGUGGAUACAACACAACUGUUUACAAGUGAAACACUUUUUUUAAAAUGCGAUUAUUUGUAUCUGAGUUCUUCUGAGUAGACAUUUUAAAAUUCUUUAUAGCUUUAGUUCCCUAAUAUACAAUCGUAGAGACUUGUGCAAACUGCUAGUUCCAGAUAGUUGAUGGAGAACUGUUCGGGGAAGUGUACGACUUCUUGUUGUUGCAAUUCCGGUUGAUACUACGACGAAAGGAGAUUUUGUGAUGUGCAGUGAAUUUUUGUCAGUGAAUUUCUAACACAACACACAACAAUGUAGGGAUAGAGCUCUAAAAUUCUAAAAAGUAAUAUAAGUAGGCGGUGCAAGAGUUUGAUCACUGAAUAUCGUGUUCAUUCAGUCUACAUCCAACACGUCUAAUGAGAAUGAUACAACGUCGAUACCAGGGAUAUGGGAAAUAUUAUGACCAAUAGAAUCAACGAAUGGGAAAUAAUAGAAUUAUAUAAACAAAAUCUGAAGAAGUUACGUGAGUAAUAAACUGCGUUCCAAACAUCUUCAGUAAGUAUAAAUAAUACUGUAUCACUGUGUAAUUUUUAGCAAUGGAAUUGUGAUCUGCUACAGUGACUAAAUUAUAUUCUUGUACCUAUUUCAUUGUAUUCCCACCCGCCUCCAUCAUAAACAACAAAUUUUAAUAAGUUAUCUUCCCAUUUACUCUGAACUCCUUAAUUUAUAGAUUUUAACUUGUCUUUCUGUUUAAGUUUGAUGUAUAUUGCCGAAUAUAAUCAGAAACAUUUUGCAGUGUUAUUCGUAUUAUUGUUGAUGACAAACACUGUUCAGUUUUCUCUUUUCUACUGGGAAUCUUGUUCUUGGUUGUAACUUCAACUGUGAAUAUUUUUGCAAUGAAUAAUAAAAUGAUAGUCCUUGUAAUUUUGUCACUUGUGUUCGAUGAUCUGACUUACUAUUCUUUAUGAAUUGUUUAGCUUACAAGACGUCCCUAGUGGGACGUAGGCUUUCGAACUUGAGUGUUGAGGUCUCAGUAGCAGUGUUUUGCAGGAUGGUGUUGCCAGUCUCAUAUCCAGCCUUACCUCUUCUCCAGGUUUACUAUUGGCUAAGCGAGGUUAAGGAGUGCGUCGGCUAGGGAUAGAACCCACCACCAUAUGAGGUGUGGUGGGCGGGUAUUCUACCAAUGCAUCACCAACGGAAAAUGUAACUUGAAUUUGUUUUAUUAUUAUUAUUGCAAAGGGAAAUCGAGUAGUAUUCUAUCACUUUUCUAUUUGUCAUAUACUCUUUUUGACUUUACUAUCAGUUAUAUCUGUUUACUUUUUAUAUUUCAGGCUUUUGCUAGUGUCGGUGGUUAUUUAGCUGGAAGCUCUGAACUCGUAGAUAUGAUUCGAUCUUAUGCUUCUGGAUUUAUAUUCACUACAUCAUUACCACCACAUUCUUUAGCUGCUGCACGGGCUACCAUUCAAAUUUUAAAGUCUUCUGAAGGCAGAGAACUUCGUGCAGAACACCAAAGAAGGGUGUCUGUUGUACGUCAAAGGCUUCGUGAAGAAGGUUUACCUGUGAUAGAAGCACCUUCGCAUAUUAUUCCAUUACAUGUUGGUGAAGCAAAAUUAUGCACAAAAAUAUCCGAAGAAUUAUUAUCGGAACACAAUAUCUAUGUACAAUCUAUAAAUUAUCCAACAGUGGAUAUUGGCGAUGAACGUUUACGCAUUGCACCUACACCGCAUCAUACAGAUAAAUUAACUGAACAACUAGUUGAUUCAUUGUGUACUGUUUGGAAAAAGUAUAAUCUACCUCUGCAUGUUGAAUCAUCACGAAAAGUGAAUCGACAUGCUGGUUAAACAAAACAACUCUGUUUUUCCCUUGAGUUAGUUAUAUCAUCAAACAUUUAUCUUGCUGUUCUGUCAAGCUUCACAAUUAGGUAAUCAAGAUAUAGACAUUGUUUCUUUAGCUUUAUGUGUGCAAGCAGUUUUACACACACACAUACUAUCACUUUCAUUAUUAUUUAAAUAGAUUGAAUAAAUUUACUAGCUUCAC